AUGGCACCAGUUAUCAAACGAGCUGAAAAGGAGAAUGCGUUGCACUCGAUCCUCGUGUUUGCGAAGCUCCUCGAAGAAUAUCUUACUUCUGCCAGUCCUGAAAAGCCUCUACCAGCGGAUAUUUACAAUAAAAUUGAAACCGCAGUCUCGAUCCGUAAUACUUUAGCAGCCUGUAGACGGGUUGAUCUUGACAAGCGCGGGACUAGACUCUGGAACUUAUCCUCGAAGCUCAAGAACACAUUCGCGUCUUCGCUUUUCUUCUUCUCGACUGCGCUCAACGAUGCACCCAAGGUUCCGCUUCAAGUACCAAUCCAAUUUUGUCAAGAUAGACUACGAGUGGGGGCUGACAUGGCGCCAGAUGAUCUUCGAGUACUAAAGUCUUCCUUGAGGACGUCAAGGUACUGUCUGGACAACCGCCAGUUGAGUCUUGCUGAAAUAGCUGUCGAACGAGCUGCUUUCUACGAGGAGAGGCUGAAGUGCUGCCGAGAUGUAACUUCGCAGGAGCACGGCCGGCUUGUCAGUCGCCUUUUAAAUGAAUACUUGAGUUUGAGGGUUGCUCUGGCGUGGCGGCAAGGUCGUCUCGAUAUUGCAAAGCUCAUGCUGAACAAAGUGAAUCUUGAUACGAACAAUCUUGAACUCUCUUCGGCGGAGGAGCUUGCCGAUCUCUUCUUCGAAAUCGGUGGCAGUCAAAGCAAGAAUAACCAAUGGGCUGAGGCCGUACAUUGGCUGGAAAGGGCCCACAACAUACUCUUGAACCAAAGUCAGGACUUGCUGAGUAGCGAUGCUGGAGAGCUUCGGAUCAGCAUCAUGCACAGCAUGGCCAGAGCUCUUCUGAACCUAGAGAGUGACGGCAGCCAAGACAAAGCAUGGAACAUUGUUCGCGAACUGGAGCUGGACUGUGGGGAUAGACUAGUCGUCCUACUUCUGAAGCUCGAAGUUUUUGCGACUGAUGCCUCCCACUCCGCCCAAGAUUACUGCGACAUCCUCCACAAGAUUAUCUGCACGGUCUAUCUUACCGACAUGAACGUCAAGACCAUAUUACAUCAUGUGCAUAAGCUUAGUUCUCGAAGUCCGCUCAUGGCGCACCACGUGCUCGUCACGCUCCUCUCCGAAAGACUGCUAGGUGCAGAAGAAACGAAAUGGAUUGAGAAAGUAUUGAUCACCAUCAUCUGGAAUUGCACGAACUCUACAGAUAUCUUGGAUGUUCUGACUUCACUAAGCGAGGUCUUUGACGCCCUGGCUCAUAGCGCUGCCAAAGCUCUAAGCCCCCAUGCGACGCACGCAGCGCAGAUACUUUUGUGGAAGCGCAUAGAAGCGAGCUACAAUCACGAGACAUAUGACACUGCCGAAGCUUGGUGCCGGCUUUCAUUGCAUCCAGUAUUUCGCAGUUCCGGCGAAGUGAACGUUGGGAAGUUGCAAAGGAAGCUAAUACUCUGCGCUCUGAGCAUGUCAGACCAAGCGAAAGCCCGAGAGGUGUAUUCGCAAAUGUCGCCCCCCAACAAGAAGGAUCCGUCAACCAUGUACGUGCUCUACAAGGUCGCACUGAGAUGUCGUGACUCAGGACUAGCUGCCGAAUGCAUUGACACCAUCUGCACUGCCUCAACUAAGGACGCUACUUUGCUCUAUGCAUGUGUCCUGGAAGCGCAACAGACGGGGGACCACCUUCAGAUAAUAAACUCAUUGCAGCGGGUCCUUGAGAAAUACAGUUAUAACGCUCCCAAUGAAAUUCACCUUCCAGCUUUGCUUCGAUGCACCGCUCGUCUUCUCAUUCGUGAACUCGAAAAUCCUCCCUCACACGUCACAGAUUGCAUUGAUGAGAUAUGCAAGCUCUUCGAGGGUGCUGCUGCCCAGGCAAGAACCUCAAGGCGCAGUGCCGCGAACGACCUCUUCUCGCUGGCAGAGCUUGAUUGGUUCUCAAGAAACACUUAUAAUCUGGCUCUCAAAUAUUGCACGAGCUGGAGUCCAGAACAAACAUUGCGGCUCGUGCAAUCUUGCCUUAGAUUCAUUGGGCUCUAUCCCGCUGCCAUCGACCUCAACGUGACAGCAGACUUGUCUCUCCGAAGACUUUUCUGCGAUUUCUUGUGCGGCUCAUUAUUGAUUGUGCUUGCCCGAUGCGAAGAUAAUGUAGAACACCAGCUCCAACACUAUACCAACGUGCGCAAGGUGAUCGAUGACUUUCGAGUCGACGUAAAAGGCCAAGUCAACAGGUUGGAGGGAGGCGCUAAAGGCGACCUGCAGCACAAGUAUGCAAGUCUUUUGGCUUUUGAUUACGAGGCAGCCGCACGGCUCAAAGCCUGGGAUAGCUUGGAUCAGAUCAUCAAGGAAUCCCAAGAUUUUGAAGAUCCAAAAAUAUAUGGUUUAUUUGCAGACAUCACGCUUUCUUCUGAAGCACCAGGUGACGGCAAGCCUCCCUAG